AUGUUGGAAGACGACAUAUAUCGGACCUCGACGCAAUACCGACUCUGGUCUUUCACGGAAGACUCUCUUCGGUCAAUCAGGGCUAAUACAAACGCCGUCGCGAGUGAGCGUGUUCGUGCCGCCGUCCGCAGGGCCAGAGAAGCUCGACAACAGGCAGCUCUCACGCCAGACCAAGGCACGCCAAAUCCCAAUCCAAGCGAUAACGAGAGAGCGGUUACUCCGGCCAGGACAGGAGCUGGAAGCGAGCAGGAGAUAGAAUGCCUCACCCCAGAUGAGGAAUUUGAGCUGGUACAAUACUUUUGUGAGAAAACUAUGGAGCUGGGAGACGAAUAUAAGCCACCUCUACCAACGACGGCGACCGCGAUUCAAUACCUUCGACGGUUCUAUCUCACAAACUCCCCAAUGACCUACCAUCCUAAAUCAAUCAUGCCAUGCGCACUAUUCCUAGCUACCAAGACAGAUAACUUCUACAUGUCUCUACGUUCCUUUACAGAACAUAUACCCAACUCAACCAUGGAAAGCAUAAUUGCUCCCGAGUUCUUACUCACACAGGGCUUGCGGUUUACGUUUGACGUGCGACACCCAUUUCGUGGACUAGAGGGCGGGAUGAUGGAGUUAAAUGCCAUUGCAAACGGAGAAGCUACACCAGGUCCGCAUCUUCCAGGACUUACAGUCGCCGGACUCCAGAAAGCAAUUCAAUCACUUCCCCCACCGCCUACUUCGAUAGCGGGACCAGUGCCGGCCUCGCCACUAUCCACCCGGUUAGCAAAAGUACACCAUAAUACCCGGGAGAUACUCAAGCAUUCCGUACAAAUGACAGAUGCCUACUUCCUCUACACCCCUUCCCAGAUAUGGAUUUCUGCAUUACUCAUUGCCGACAGGCCCCUUGCCGAAUUCUACCUAGAAACAAAACUGGGACCGGCCGCUCCGUCAUCGUCGUCAUCUUCAUCUAGCCAACCAUCAGCCAUGUUAUCCAACAUACGUACUAAAUUGACCCCUGUGUUGCAGUCCUGCUGCGACCUACUUACCUCUUAUAUUCAAAACAACGGCUCAUCUAGCACUGCCCCUGGCUCGCCGCGUAUGAAAAGGCUGAAACAAAUAGGCAGAAAGCUUUUCCACUGCCAGAACCCGGAGAGAGAAGACCUAGUGGCGUUGAAUAGGUUACAGAAACAAGGUGGCUCAGCUGCACAAACGGGAGCUAAUACGCCUUCAGAGCCCGUUGCCGCUCCUGCUACUGCCAAUGCUAGUGGCGGUGGUGGUGACGAGCAAGGUGUGGAAAAUGAUAUCGACCGGGCCGCUAAGAAGCGCAAAUUAGAACUUGAAAAGUUCGAAGGAGAGAGAGAUUCUCCGUUUGGGGGGGAAUUAAAGAAGGGGUAG